CAGCCGCUGCUGGCGCGCAGGCGCGCGGGCGCGGAGGGCCUGCUAGGGCCAUGGCCCGCGCUUUGACACCGUGUAGCUGGCUGGACAGACAGCAGGAGCUGGACGUGCUCGAGCUCGUCCGUCAUGUAACCGGCCUCCAGGACGAGGCGGACCCCAACUUCCAGCAAGCCCUGCACUUCGUCUGGUCCAACUUCAGAUUUCAUCGCUUCUUGGAUGUCAACAGCCAUAAAAUAGAGAAGAUAAUAGAAGGAAUUUAUGAAAAAUUUAUCAUUCAUUCUGAUCUCAGCAAAGCUGCUAGUUGGAAGAGAUUAAGUGAGGAAUUUCUAAAUUCAUCACUGCCUAGCAUAAAGGAAACAAAGACAGAUGCACAUUAUUCCAUACUGUCACUUCUACUAUGUCUUUCUGAUUCUCCUUCAAACAACAAUUACGUGGAAACACCAAGAGAUAAAGAAGUGGAAAAGAAAGAUGAUUUUGACUGGGGAAAAUACUUGAUGGAAGGUGAAGAAAUUGACCUUGGUCCAAAUAUAGACACACCGAAUUGGUCUGAAGAAAGUGAAGACGAAGAUGAACAGCAGCCUUUAAGCAGAGAGGACUCUGGAAUUCAGGUGGACAGGACACCGUUAGAAGAACAAGAUCAGAAUAGGAAACCAGGGUCUCAUGUCAGCUGGAAAGUAGGUGAAACAGAUGACCGGAGCUGGCUGGAACAGCAUGUGGUCCUUCAGUACUGGAGAGCCAGAUCCUCCCAGUUUCCUCAUAGUUUACAUUUGCACUCCAAUUUAGCUGCUGUCUGGGAUCAGCACUUGUAUAGCAGUGAUCCAUUAUACGUUCCAGAAGACAGAGUUUUUGUUACCGAGACUCAGGUUAUUCGGGAAACGCUAUGGUUACUUUCAGGGGUAAAAAAGCUCUUUAUAUUUCAAUUGGUAGAUGGGAAGGUAACUGUGAGAAACAAUAUUAUAGUAACUCACUUGACACAUAACUGUUUACGAUCAGUGCUAGAACAAAUAGCAGCAUAUGGCCAGGUUGUGUUUCGACUCCAGGAGUUCAUCGAUGAUGUCAUGGGGCACAGCUCCGAAAGUACAUUGCCUGGAAAUAGUUCUGUUCCUAAGAAGUCUGCCGAAGCCCCCUUUAGAACCUACCAGGCGUUCAUGUGGGCCCUGUACAAAUACUUGCUUAGUUUCAAAAAGGAACUUGUGGAAAUUGAGAAGUGUAUCAUCAAUAAUGAUACCACAAUAACGCUUUCAAUAGUGCUGGAUAAGUUGUCAGCUCGAUUGGCUCAGCUUAAGGUGCUACACAAAGUAUUUAGUACUGGGGUAGCAGAAGUUCCACCUGACACUCGAAAUGUGGUUCGGGCAUCUCACCUACUCAACACACUGUAUAAGGCCAUUCUUGAAUAUGACAACGUUGGAGAAGCUUCUGAGCAAACUGUCUCCCUCCUGUUCUCUCUCUGGGUAGAAACUGUGCGGCCCUACCUGCAGACUGUGGAUGAGUGGAUCGUGCACGGGCACCUGUUCGACUGUGCAAAGGAGUUCAUCAUCCAGAGAAACAAAAAUGUUCCAGUAAAUCACAGAGAUUUUUGGUACGCAACUUACACAUUGUAUAGUGUGUCAGAAAAGACAGAAAAUGAGGAGAAGAUGAGUGACAAUGCAAGUGCAAGUUCUGGUAGUGACCAGGGACCCUCUAGCAGCCAGCACACCAUGGUGUCCUUCCUCAAGCCUGUUCUGAAGCAGAUCAUCAUGGCUGGCAAGUCGAUGCAGCUGUUGAAGAACCUGCAGUGUGCAGAGAGCUCCACACGCCAGGCAGCAGCAAGAGAUGCAGAAAGAAAAAGUUUGUACACUCUCUUUUUGGAAUCUGUACAGUCCCGUCUCCGGCAUGGAGAUGAUUCCACUCCACAUACUCUUACUGAGCAACAGGCGACCAAAGAGAACCUAAUUAAGAUGCAGUCCAUGGCUGAAAGACACCUUGAGUUGGAUGAUGUUCAUGACCCACUGCUGGCCAUAAACUUUGCAAGGUUGUAUUUGGAGCAGAGUGACUUCCAUGAGAAAUUUGCUGGUGGUGAUAUCUGUGUGGAUAGAUCAUCAGAAUCUGUGACGUGCCAGACUUUUGAAUUAACACUGAGAUCUUGCCUCUAUCCUCAUAUUGAUAAGCAAUAUCUAGAUUGCUGUGGAAAUCUCAUGCAAACUCUCAAAAAAAAUUACAGGUUGUUGGAGUACUUGCAGGCCAUGAGGAAUUUUUUCUUAAUGGAAGCUGGUGAUACCAUGUAUGACUUCUACACAUCAAUUUUUGAUAAAAUAAGAGAGAAAGAAACCUGGCAGAAUGUGUCUUUUCUUAAUGUCCAACUCCAAGAAGCAGUAGGACAGCGUUAUCCUGAAGAUAGUUCACGUCUCUCUAUAUCUUUUGAAAAUGUUGAUGCAACUAAGAAGAGGCUCCCUGUUCAUAUAUUAGAUGGUCUGACCCUUAGCUACAAGGUCCCAUGGCCUGUGGACAUUGUUAUAAGUUUGGAAUGUCAAAAAAUUUAUAAUCAGGUCUUCCUUCUUUUAUUGCAAAUAAAGUGGGCCAAAUAUAGUCUGGAUGUUUUACUAUUUGGUGAGCUAGUUAGUACUGCUGAAAAACCACAACUUAAAGGACUGUUACAUGAACCAGACACAGUUGCUCAGUUUGGACCACAAAAGAAACCGAUAAGACAGCAGAUUCAUCGUAUGUUCCUCUUAAGAGUGAAGCUCAUGCAUUUUGUGAACAGCUUACACAACUACAUCAUGACUAGGAUUCUUCACAGUACAGGGCUGGAGUUUGAACAUCAAGUCGAGGAAGCCAAGGAUUUAGAUCAGUUGAUUAAAAUUCAUUAUAGAUAUUUGUCAACCAUUCAUGAUCGAUGUCUGCUAAGAGAAAAGGUUAGCUUCGUGAAAGAAGCCAUCAUGAAGGUGUUGAAUUUGGCUCUCAUGUUUGCAGACGGCUGGCAGGCGGGUCUGGGGGCUUGGAAAAUGGAAUCUAUAGAGAAGAUGGAGUCAGAUUUUAAAAACUGCCAUAUGUUUCUUGUAACCAUUUUAAACAAAGCUGUCUGUAGAGGCUCCUUUCCCCAUUUGGAAUCUCUCACUCUGUCACUCAUGGCUGGCAUGGAACAAAGUUAAAUAUCUUACAAUGUAAUAAAUUCCUUGAGAAUUAAUCCUCAUAUAUUUACAUUUCCACUGUGUACAUUUGAGAAGUGGAAAUAUUUAUUUUGAUCUGUUUUUCAAAGCUGUUGUCUGCUGUCCACACAAAUGGAUUGUAAGUAUUUUCCCUGGAGAUUAUUGUAUAAUAUAUAUAGGGUUAUAUGUAUAAAAUUGUAUAAAUAAUGCAAAGUGUAUAUAAACUGUUUACACUUAAAUUUCCUACCUUAAGCUAUAAAUUUGUAGUAAUGACACAUUUAAAUGUGAUAUCUUUUAAAAAUGUAGUUAUUGAUAACUAAAAAAUAAAUUACAUUAAAGCGUUUUUAAUGCUGUUAUUCUCCUUUUACCGCUAUACAUCAGUUAUAAAAGUUUUUUUAUAGACAGUAUUACAUGCAUCUGAAAAGUAUAUGUAUUUUUAUGUGCCUGGUAAGUUCCAAAAUAUAAAGUAGCUUCAACCAGUAUCACUGGACCUAACAUGCCAACUUCACUUAGGAUCAGCUGUUGGUACAUACUAUUGUUUGGCAUUUAUGAGCCAACCAUUUAUAUCUUAAAUAAAAUUAUGGUUACCAUUCAGUUUUUCCACAUUUUUAAUAUAUAUUUUUAUACAUAUUUUUAUAAUCCAUAUUUGUUCUUCUCGGCAUAUCGCUAGCACUUAUGACUCAGCACUGUAUUUACUACUUAGUUCUUUUCUGAAAACAACCCCUUAAGGUCCAGAUAGCCUUGAGAGCCCAGAAUGAGGGCCCCUUAUGGACCAACCUGCAGCAGUAGCUUUCUUGCACGCAACCCCUGAGAACAGCCCCACCUGGGAACCUUCCCAUAUCCUGCGCGUUACUCUGAAGUCUCCAAAGAAGUUCACUGGGAAGGUCUCUAAAAACCUGGGAAUGAAUAUCUAUCUACAGAUCUCAAGAAAAUGGUGCUGUGUAGCCCCACAACUGUUAGAUAUGUGAAGCCUCUUGUGUCCUGGUUCUGUAAGUCAAAAUCCUGUAGAAAUUGAUAGGAACAUCUGCUCCCAUAUGUCUCAUAAUGAAGUCUGCUUUUAAACAGUGAUGGCCUGGCUUUUUUC